CGUACCUGAAUACGAGACCAAGACAUGCUGCUCGGUAUAAUAAUGCCCCUAGUGGAAUAUCUUCAUAUAUAAACCAUUGCUGUAACUACGUAUUUUUACUUACAUGAAUGGCGCUCUCAGUCAACAACCACAAUGCAUCUCGCCCGGAUACUCACUCUCCUCACUGCACUGCCCUUUGCAGCUGCAGCCAUCCCCCCAAGACAAACAUGCAUCGUCCCAGCCUCCGGGACAAACAAAACCGACGACGCCCCGGCCAUCAUCUCCGCAUUCAAGCGAUGCGGUCGCGGCGGGAAAGUCGUCUUCCAGCCAACAACGUACUACGUCAACUCGGCGAUGAACAUCUCCUGGCUCCGUGACGUCGACGUCGAUAUCCAAGGGAAACUGCUGUGGAGUACUGACAUCCCCUACUGGCUAAACCACUCCCUGCCCGUUGGAUACCAGAACCAGUCGACAGCAUGGAUCCUAGGCGGGGAUAACGUCCGCGUAAACGGGCACGGCAUUGGCACUUUCGAUGGGAACGGCGACUACUGGUACGAGUGGAUACAGGAGCAGGAGAACACGUCGAAUUAUCCUGGACGGCCUGUCGCGUUGACCCUUAGCGGGUUGACCAACUCGGUUGUCAAGGGCGUUAAUUUUCUGCGGAGUCAGAUGUGGACGCUGGCGGUUAUAUACUCGCACCAUGUCGACCUCGACGGGGUCUUUGUGAACAACACUGGGAACCGGGUGGAUAGCUCAAACACGGAUGGCGCGGAUACAAUUCGCUCGUCGCAUAUCAGCUUCAACAACUUCACCGUAUACAACGGCGACGACAGCAUUUCGUUCAAAGCCAACAGCACCGAUAUCACGCUCAAGAACUCGCACUUCCACAACGGCUUGGGCAUCGCCAUAGGCAGUAUUGGCCAGCUUAAUGACGAGUUUGAGACCGUCGAGAGGAUCAAGGUCGAGAAUGUGGUUUUCGAUAACACGCUCCAUGCGGUAUACUACAAAACCUGGACCGACGACCAGAACGGAUACCCUCCCAACGGCGGCGGCGGCGGACUGGGCUACGCAUCCAAUAUGCACUUCAACAACCUAACCACCACCUCCCUCCGCGGCUCUGCAGUCGCAAUCUCCCAAUGCACCCGCUUCAGCGGCGCCCCCGGCGACGGGAAUUGCACCAACUCCCAGUUCCAGAUCAGGGACAUCACGGUUGCAAACCUGAAGGGAACGACGGAGUCCUCGCGCGUCGCUAGUUUGCAGUGUAGUGGUGUUGCGCCGUGCACGAACCUUGGGCUUGUUGGGGUUGAUUUGGAGCUGGCGAAUGGGACCAAGGCGGAGGAGUAUCUUUGUGGGAAUGUUAAGAGGCCUAGGGGGUUUGAAUGUACUGGGGAGGUUUGUGAGGGAGGGAGUUCUACGGGGGAUAUGAUGCUCCUAUCCAUACUCACCCUCGCUACAGGGGCAUUCGCCUCCUGCUGGCGGAACUCGUCAUGCACGGGGCCCUCGUCACCCUCCUUCCCCGGCCCCUGGGACGCAAACAAUUACGCCCCAGACUCACGAUCCAUCCAGCCGAAAUCCAUUCUAUCUCUUCCAAACGGAGAAUACAUCUCGUCUUACCCAGACGACUCCACGCCUUUAUCAACCAGCGACAUAGGACUGGUAUUCGACUUUGGCAUUGAAGUCGGAGGGAUCCUUACAAUCGAGUAUACGGCAUCUAGGCCGAAUAUAACACUCGGCCUGGCAUUUACCGAGGCAAAGGACUAUAUAGGAAGAAAAUCUGAUAACUCAAAUGGCGGGACUGGCGCAGAUGGUGCUUUAUCUGCUACUCUGUCCGAGGGGGAGGGGCUGUAUACCAUGCCCGACGCGAAACUCCGCGGGGGGUUCCGAUACCUGACAUUAUUUCUAGAAGGAGAAGGUGAAGGGACUCUCACGAUCAAAAAUAUAACCCUGGAAAUAUCCUACCAGCCCACCUGGUCGAAUCUGCGCGCAUACCAGGGUUACUUCCACUCCUCGGACAGCCUUCUUAAUCGGAUCUGGUAUGCCGGCGCAUAUACCCUGCAGACGAACUCUGUUCCGAGGACAACGUGUCGGGCGUCGAUUAGUUCCGCGACGGGGUGGGCGAACGAUGCGGUUUGUGGGCCUGGGGAGACGCUGUUGCUUGACGGGGCGAAGAGGGAUCGGUGGGUGUGGAUUGGUGAUAUGGGGGUUGCGGUGCCGAGUGCGUCGGUUAGUACGGGGGAUUUAGAGAGUACGAAGAACGCGCUGCUGGCUAUUUGGGACAAUCAGACGCCGAGUGGGCUGUUGCCCAAGGCUGGGCCGCCGUAUCUGAAGGCGGAUAGUGACACAUAUCAUCUAUGGACGAUCAUCGGGACGUAUAACUACUUCCUGUUCUCCGAGGACGACGACUUUCUGUCUGAUAUCUGGCCGCGCUAUGUCAAGGCUCUGGACUACAGCAUCAGCAAGAUAACACCAGACGGCAUCAUGAAUGCCACCGAGACUGCGGACUGGGGCCGCUGGAACUAUGACACCCUCGCAAGUUCUGCAAACAUGCUUCUCUACCGCGCCCUCACCACCGCUGCAUUCCUAUCCCCCUACGCAGACCCCAACACACAAACAAACUACACAGCCCUCGCCUCCUCCCUGCGCACAUCUAUAAUCACAAACCUCUACGACCCCUCCUUCGGCGCCCUAAAAGACAGCCCCAACUCAACCCUCUACCCGCAAGACGCAAACAGCAUGGCGCUCGCCUUCUCCCUCUUCCCACCAAACAGCACCGCCGCCUCCAAAAUCUCCUCCUACCUAGUCUCAAACUGGACACCCAUAGGUCCUGCCAGCCCCGAACUCCCAGGAAACAUCUCCCCCUUCAUCUCCUCCAUAGAACUCGAAGCUCACUUUGCCACGGGAUACCCAGAGCGCGCACUCCAGCUCAUCCACACCCUCUGGGGGUGGUACAUCGACCAUCCCAACGGCACCGAAUCAACCGUUCCAGAGGGGUAUCUUGUUAAUGGAACAUGGGGAUACCGCGGUGACAGGGGGUACAGGUAUGACCCGACUUAUGUAUCUCACGCGCACGGAUGGAGCAGCGGGCCCACGUCGACAUUAACUGAAUAUGCCGUCGGAUUGCGUGUUACGAAGCCCCGUGGUGCGGAGUGGAGUUUGAAGCCGGCUACUUUUAGCUUUGAUGGGUUUGGUCAGGCGGAGGCAGGGUUUACGACUGGGUUAGGUAGGUUCAGGGCGGGCUUUGCUGUUGAGAAUGGGGAGGUGAGGGUGAGUUGGGAUACGCCGAGGGGGACGAGGGGGUGGGUUGAGCUUCCUGGAGGGAGAGGGAGAUGGGUUGAUGGAGGGAAGGGGAGUUUGGUGGUGUCUGUAUAGCCCGAUAAGGAAGGAUGAGGUGGAGUUGGGUUGGUCGUUCUUGCCUCGAACGACAAGCUACCAAGGAAGGAGCUACCAAGACUUAGAAAGAGGAAGGAACACCACCAUUAUUCUAAAUGCAGAAGGAACGACGUUGCUGUUGUUCCUUCCACAUACGGCCACUCCUGCGGAAUUGGUUGAGCCCUAAGUCUUACGACAAACCCAAAUGUGAAUGCACAACUUGGCACUUAAACGCAUACAUUCAAAGGUUAUAGCGCUUACUUCUACCUUCCUUCCCCGAAACCUUUGGCAUGGCAGUGAUGACUAUAUUGGCAGAGGUGAGACCACAUGGAGAGGGAGAGACAGCUGGAGUCACUACGCUGCUUAUCCAAGAUUUUUACAGUACAAAUUAACUAAAUAUAAUAUUUCAUAUGGAAUGGAUUGUCAAUUAUUAU